GCCCGGUCACCUCAGCUCAGGUAGGAAGGACCCACCUUAUUCGGCCGUCCUUUCCUCUUCCCAGGGUUCGAACAAUUGAUCCAUCACGGACGGCUUAGCUCAAGGACGUUGACCCAUGGAUCAUGGUGCAGAAUGACAUGCGCCUUCCUUUCCUUUUAUUCUUCUCUUCUUUCUUCUCUUGCAUUUGACCCCAUCGCCGGCUCCUUUGUCCUAGAUGGAGGAGGGGCUUUACUGCCGAUGGGCCCUCAUUGCAUCCAUAAGGUUUCUUCAGUGUAUGGAGUUUCUUUCCGUCUCUUGCCCAAGAACUCAAGACAGAGAUGGACCCAGCCUGCGGUACUUACACCUUCCCAACUUUCUUUCCUCCGAAGUCCAACCUCCUCUUUCCUGCAGCUGGCAAGCUGCAGGUGUGGAAAGUCACACCUUGCAGGCAGGCGGACACAGACCGGACCCUUGGCUUCCUUCCACAGUAAAUUAUGGCAUUUGGGACAUGGAAGGUGGGAGCGAAUUCAAUGACCCCGCACCCUUCGGCCGAUGAAAUGUUUGCUCCAACAAGGCCACAAAUCCAACGACAUCGUUUUUCUCUCUCAUCUCAUGCUUACUUCGGUCCUGUCCCCGU